AUGAACCUCAAGCGCCGGCCGUCGAGCGUCACGAGGGCGAAGAAGGCGUCGCCGGUCGGCGAGCGGGAGGAGGGCGUCCGACAGUACCGGGGCGGGUACCGGGGGGGCGCCUUCGGCGACGGAGUGGGAGGAUUGGAGGAGGAGCGGGAGGCGAUGGGCCGCAGGGUGAGGGCCGGCGGUCUCAAGGGUGGGGCGGAGGGGCGGGCAAAGGCGGGAAAGGUGCGCGGGAUCGAGCCCGUUCAUGCUAACGUUGCGUCGUCGGUGUCGGGCGGACAGGACAUCGGGGGGGGCGGGAAGGCGGAGAAGGGGCUGCCCGGACACCGGCCGGGGGCCUCCAGCCUGGACCAGCCGCGCAGCGGGAUACCGCUCCCCGGGGGGGGCAGGAAGCGCGGCAGCGGGGACAGCAGGGGGCAGGCGGGCGGGCCGCGCAGGGGUUCACAGGGCGACGGGCCGGGCCACAAGGCCGCCAACUCCAGCGGGGGGCUGCUGCGCCUGGAGGGGAGCCAGGGCUGGACGGCGUCGAGGUGGCAGGCGGGGGGAGGCGGCGUGCAUGCAGAAGAGCGCGCUGGGUCAAUAGACUAUCAGAGACGGUCCAGCUUCAUGAUGCGGACGGGCACUGGCCCACCCCAACAAAUGCAGGCGCCAUCUGGUGGGAACUAUGUUCCUGUGGCCUACAGGCCCCCCUGGUACAGGCAACCGUCAGACAUGCCCAGUGCGGGUCCUGUGCAGGUUAGUGCGGGCCACGAGCAACAAGGCGAGAGGCUGCCCACAGCAGCUGGUAGUGGUGGGGGCUUUGCCCAAUAUGGAGAUGGGGAUGUUUUGGCAGUGUCUGGUGACCAGCAGGGAAGUCGUCAGGAAGGAAGCCGCCAAGAAGGGAGCCGACAGGAAUGGAGCCGGCAGGAAGGGAGCAGGCAGGAGGGCAGCCGACAAGGCAGCCUGAAGCUUAGGUUGAGUGCAAGAACGGAUUCGGGGGAGCAGCACAGUGCACACAGGGCGCAUACUGACUCUGGAGGGACAGCAACUGGGACCCCCACUCAGCCACAGUCAAGACAUCAUCCCCAAGCUCCACCUGCCUCAACUCCAGGCAGCAACCAGGAGUGGAUACAACUGGAACUGGACCGGCUGAAGAGCGAGUUUCAGUUCAAAAACCAGAUUGCCAGCAUGUUGCGCACCACUCUUGCAGACCUGAAGACACAAAGGGGAACUGGGCCCUAUGGACAGGGAGGGCCGCUGCCAGGAAUGCCGCUCAGUGGAGUCCCGAUGCCACCCUCACAAGACCAACUGCAGGGCGGUCUUCCUGCGCCCAGCGGUGGCAUAAUGCACAGCCCCCACAGCGCCAUUGCCGGCCAAGGAGGCGGGAUGGCACAGGGGGGUGGCCAACUGCCUGGCUCAGCCACGGGCCAUUUGGGGGGCCAAAUUCCUGUGGGUGGAAUGCCCCAGGGGGGCAUGCAAGUUCCUGUGGGGAGUCCCCACGCAGGCAUGAUGGCUGGAGGGCUUACGCUGCCACACGGGGAAAGCCCGAUGUCAGGUGUUCAAAAUUCUGGAGUGUCAGGCCUGGGGAUGCAGGCACCACCGCCAUGGCAGGGAGUUGGGUAUCCAGGUGGAUAUGGUGGUGGAAUGGGGAGUGGCGACAUGGGUGGCAGGUCAGGGCCGCACGCUCUCAUGAGCCCAACGUCACCACUGCGGGAGCUCUCACUAACAAAGGCAGAGUUGGAAAAGAAAACCAGGCGGGUCAACGAUUUGUUAGCUGAGCUUUCGCAGUAUGAUGCACAUGUGAGGGUGCUGACGAAGGCACUGGAAGAUGAACGACAUGACAAUGCGGAGUUGACACAAGAAAAUGUGCUCCUUAGGAGUCAGGUGGAGAGGCUUGCUACCGCCAGUGAGAAACUGCUGAGUGGCAUGAUGGCAAUACAAGCAGCAUGA